AGUCUCAUCUGUGUGGGCAAUCGCGUGCACGCGCACUCCUCUGGCAUAGGCGACAGUCGCGCGCUCGCCACAGAAAACAAAGCUAUCCGUGCGCUUCCAUUACGAACCCAUCAUCACACACAGCUCUCUCUCUGCAUGCACACCCAAGAUGGGUUUGCAGCUCAUCUGAGGGCCUUUGAAAGCGGGGCCUGUUGCGAGGACAGCCAGCCAGCUGAAGUCAGCCAAACGUUUCGGUUUUCCCCCGGACUGCUUUUGUUUCUUUGCCGCGACUAGCAGCACAGCCACAAUCAUUGUCAUUUCUGCUGCGAGCUGCCGAAGGAAAACACAUCGCCAUGUUGUUAACGGAGGGGGCUCAGUGAAGAAGGCGAGAUCGUGAGCUUGUGGAGGAGAUAAUCUCGUCGUUUGAGCCGAACCCGAGUCCUCAGCUGCUGCCUGACUGACUGACUGACGGACAUGGCGGAGCAGAGCUACUCCUGGGCGUACUCCCUUGUCGACUCCAGCCAGGUGUCCACCUUCCUCAUCUCCAUCCUCCUCAUCGUCUAUGGCAGCUUCAGGUCAUUAAACAUGGACUGUGAGAACCAGGAGAAGGACAAAGAUGGAAACCCCACCAACACUGGCUCCUUCAACAAUGCUAACUCUAACAACAGUAUUCAGACCAUAGACUCCACACAGGCGCUGUUUUUGCCCAUCGGAGCCUCCGUGUCUCUGCUCGUCAUGUUUUUCUUCUUCGACUCUGUUCAGGUGGUGUUCACCAUAUGCACUGCAGUUCUAGCUACCAUCGCAUUUGCAUUUCUCCUGCUGCCGAUGUGCCAGUAUCUGACCAGGCCCUGCUCCCCACAGACCAAGAUCUCAUUCGGCUGCUGUGGUCGCUUCACGUUGGCGGAGCUGCUGUCGUUUUCUCUCUCUGUCAUGCUGGUUCUCAUCUGGGUGCUGACGGGCCACUGGCUGCUCAUGGACGCUCUUGCCAUGGGGCUCUGUGUGGCCAUGAUUGCAUUUGUGCGACUGCCUAGUCUCAAGGUGUCGUGCCUGCUGCUGUCAGGCCUCCUCAUCUAUGAUGUGUUCUGGGUCUUCUUCUCCGCCUACAUCUUCAACAGCAACGUGAUGGUGAAGGUGGCCACGCAGCCCGCCGACAACCCCCUCGAUGUGCUCUCACGCAAGCUGCACCUUGGCCCCGGCAUGGGACGGGACGUCCCCCGUCUCUCCCUGCCAGGAAAGCUGGUGUUCCCAAGCUCCAGCGGCAGCCACUUCUCUAUGCUGGGCAUCGGUGAUAUCGUCAUGCCGGGCCUGCUGCUAUGUUUCGUUCUCCGAUAUGACAACUAUAAGAAACAGGCCAAUGGAGAAGUGCCCGGUUCUGUCAACAUGUCCGGCCGCAUGCAGCGGGUUUCCUACUUCCACUGCACCCUCAUUGGUUACUUUGUUGGUCUGUUGACUGCAACCGUGGCCUCCCGUAUUCACCGCGCGGCCCAGCCUGCCCUCCUGUACCUGGUGCCCUUCACGCUGCUGCCUCUGCUCACCAUGGCCUACCUGAAGGGGGACCUGCGGCGCAUGUGGUCCGAGCCCUUCCACGCCAAGUCCAGCAGCCCCCGCUUCCUGGAGGUAUGAUGCUGCUCCGACCAGCACAAGUUCCCACCAUCCCUCCGUUCCCACCCACCGGAGAGAGAGGGCGAGAGGUCGGAAGAGAGGAACUGCACUCGUCUUCUCAUCAUCCCUCAUUCCUGUUGUCAUCCUCCAGCCAGUGGAUGAGCAGCUGCAUCAGACUUCACUGCCAGAUGGAUUCAUGCACUCCUCUCUUCUCCAUUCAAACUCUCUUGAUCUUUUUUUUUUUUCUCUACCUGUUUGCUUUCUCAUUUCCAUUCCACCUUCGUCACACCAUCUUUCUCUCUCUUGCUUCUAUCCCAUCACAUUCUCUACUCUUCCACUGGAUUCAUUUUCCCUAAUCGCUUGACAUCUGGACGUGAACCGGAGCCCCUUUGAGCUCCAAGUGUGUUUCCAUUUGUACCAUCUGGCACCAUUAUGGAUUUACAGACUGAGAUCUCUUUCUUAUUUCCUGCUCUAAAUGAACUGUGGACGAGGAACCUAGAUUCUGCCACAGCUUGGGAUGACGAUGACUCUGUAAGGGACCAGCACACAAUAGAGGACAGCAUCGUUUUCCCCCUUCCUUCCCUCGUUCUCUCUUCCUCUUUCCCUUAUAAAACCCAACCCACAUCCCUACCUCCCUCCCGCCAGAUUCCCUCUAACAGCCCCUCCUUCGCAGAAACGUAUUUUAUUUAGAAAGAUUUUAUUCUUGGCAUAUACAGAAAUGAUGCAUUAUAAAUUGUGAGGGCGCACAGCUCUAUGUAUAUAUGUGUACACAUGUAUUAGGGGUUAUCAUGUCGAGGUGCAAGUGUGCGUGAGAUCAUGUGCGUGUGUGAACGAAAAUGCAUUUAAACGGGAACCCGUUUUCAUUUCGUUACUCUUAGAUCUCAAAAUGUGCAUUUUUCGCUCCUAAAUUCCUCUGCCUAGGUCACUUCUUUUUUUUUUUUGCCUCUCAUGUACAGUUCAUUACCAUGCGCCAUUCAGUUUGGCUAUUGAAGACAAGAGUGUGUGAUUCGUGUUUGUGUUGAUGUAUGAAUGUAUGCCUCCACUGGCUCUGGACGGACUGCUGAAGGCGAGCUCUACCGUGCUAAUGGAAGGAAACGUUUAAGGAUUGUACUAAGGUCUGUUGUUUAAACUGGCCGAUUUUUUUCCACUAGUAUUUCAAGCAUUAAUGGUUUCAUUUGUAGUCAUUCCUUUAGCCCAUUUGGCUCCGUAAUGAUGAACUGGAAUUCAGUUUCAAGAUUGAGAGCGUGUGUGUGUGUGUGUGUAAUGUUGUAGAAAAUAAUACAUUUUGCUGGCUCAGUCCUUUUUGAGUUUUUCUUUUUUCUUUUUUUUUUUUUUUACCUGUUGUUAGCCAUUUUUUAAUCUGUUAGUCGUCUGGCCUUGCAUGUCAAUUGUACAGCGUGUCGUUCUUCAAAGCUGCGUUUUCCAGGGCAAUCACGCUAGUGUGACGCUCUGAAACUGAGACGCAGACACGGGGUCGAGGACGAAGAGUCGCACAAGAGAGUUUAUGAACCGGAGAGGGGCAAUGAGACCGGGCCGCUCUGACCCCUGCGGCCGGCCUGGACCUCGCGCUAACGUUGGCACUGCGUUGCCUGAAUAUUCAGUAUGAACGUUCGCCUGGCAGUGGCACACUGUUAACCUGAGCAUCAUGGACAUUGUUUUACCCACAAACCACAAAAGACAUUACAUGGAAAAUAAAAACAAUAUAAAUGAUGAUUGCAUUGAACGUAAACUCUAAUGGUCAUUUUUUUUUUAAAUGGAAGAUUGCAUUUUGUUUUAUCCCAUUUUUUGUAUUUUUUUCUCAACUUCCCCCCCCCCAAUGCAGUGGGUUUUCGUUUUGUACUUCGGUCUUUUCCUCUCCUCCGUCGUCCAUCCUGUCUGUAGAGGCCGAUCAACUUUAACAGCCAAAAGGAUUCUGUAUAAAAAUAAAAAAAAAUUGAAUAAAUAAAUUAAAAAAAGUGUAGUGAAAUGUGGAUCCAAAUGAGCUGUACUGAAGACAUUUCAGCUCUUAUAACCUUCCCUUUCUUCUUAGUCAGGAUUCUGCUGUAAAUAAACAUGACUCUAACUGUA